AUGGUUGUGACGGGACCGGUGCUACCCCCACCUGGCGAAACAGUGAAUCCCAAUCCUCGGCCAUGGCUGUUCACAGCAAACUGCAUCGCGAUCGCCGUGGGCCUUGCGCUGAGCACGGUCUUCCUGAUGAUCCGAAUCUACACCAAGGCACGGAUUCUGCGGAAGUUCUGGUGGGAUGAUGUAUUCAUUCUUCUGGCUUGGACAAUUCUUGCCAUGGCGGUGAUCCACAUCCAGGCGCUAGCGUUUGCCAAAUUCGCCGUCCUGAUGCUCUACUACCGAGUCCUCAAGCUCAUCACGCCGUGGCGGUACACUCUCUGGGCAGUGGGUAGUAGCAUCGGACUCUACAGCAUCAUUCUAGUCUUCAUGCUUAUCUUCGCCUGCGUACCGAUCGAGGAUGGCUGGUCCCUCACGAGACCCAAUGCCUGUCGACGACGAUCGGGCCUCUACUUGGCCACCGCAAUCGCGAACACCGCCAGCGACAGCAUCUUGCUGCUCAUUCCGAUGGUCUUUAUCUGGGCCCUGAACCUGCCGUUUAUGCAGAAGAUGGGUUUAUUCUGCCUGCUUGGUUUGGGAUGUCUUACGGUUGUGACCAGUAUCGUUCGCCUGGUCACCCUCAUUCCUCUUCUCGAUUCGAAUAAUCAGCCCCAUAACAUCGGGCUUGUGUGUCUCUUUAUAGUUCUCGAAGCAAACUUCAUCAUCCUCUGCGGCUCCCUUCCUUUCACGCGCGCAUUCCUACACCACUACGCCCCGAAAUGGUUCCCCUCGCGCAACGGGAGUCGCGGCGACCGGUAUUACCUGACGGGGACGCCCCCCUCCAGCCUGACCUCGCCCUCGCAUAUGACGUCACCCUCCAACAUGACCUCGCCAGCUGUAUCGUCACCGGAAUGCCGUCGCAGACCAUCGUACUUCGAUAUCGAAGCCAUUCUGAACGACAUACCGCCGGCGGAAUGUUCUGAGUUUGCGGGUCCACCGAGAGAGCCCCUGCCAGCUUGGAAGGGGCCGAUCCAAAGUGAUAUGAUUGAUUGA